ACAAAAUGGAGGGCGUAGCACCCAGUUACUGCUAAAUAUGCGGAACUGUAGCAGAAAACUAGAAACUUAAGCAUUAAAACGAAAAUUUGACACUUUACUUAAAAGUAGACUGUGAAAGUGAAGGUAAAGAGUGUCGGAAUAUUUUGCACCGAGGUUAAAAAGUAUAAGAAUUAGUGGCUGACAUAGAGUUAAACAAGCCAGUUAGGCUAGCUUAGCUAAACCAGCAUCGACUCUUUACUUUAAAGUUUAAUGUGCGCUGACGUUUUCCUGCAAUAAAUACAAACGCUUUCAGAUUUUUUUGUUUUUGGGUUAUUGUACAUUUUGGAGCAGACAUCGGCAGGAUGCAUCGGAGAGGUGUUGGCGCUGGAGCUAUUGCUAAAAAGAAGCUAGCAGAGGCUAAAUAUAAAGAAAGAGGAACUGUUCUUGCAGAGGACCAAAUAGUCCAGAUGUCUAAGCAGUUGGAGACUUUCAAGUCCCACCUGGAGGAGUUUGCCAGCAAGCACAAACAAGAGAUCCGCAAGAACCCACAGUUCAGAGUCCAGUUUCAGGAGAUGUGUGCCACCAUCGGUGUUGACCCUCUGGCCUCUGGCAAAGGUUUUUGGUCUGAAAUGCUCGGAGUAGGAGAUUUCUACUAUGAGCUUGGUGUUCAGAUCAUUGAGGUGUGCCUUGCCCUGAAACACAGAAAUGGAGGGCUGAUUACUCUGGAUGAACUCCACCAGAGAGUUCUGAAGGGACGGGGUAAAUACGCUCAGGAUGUGAGCCAAGACGACCUGGUGAGAGCCAUAAAGAAGCUGAAAGUGAUGGGGAAUGGUUUCGGGAUGAUCCCAGUCGGUGGUUCUUAUUUGGUCCAGUCAGUUCCAGCAGAACUCAACAUGGACCACACUGUAGUUUUACAGUUGGCAGAGAAAAAGGGGUAUGUUACCGUGAGUGAGAUCAAGGAGAGUCUAAAGUGGGAGAAGGAGCGAGCGUGUCACGUACUGGAUCACUUGCUGAAGGAAGGCUUAGCAUGGCUGGACUCCCAAGCAGCUGGAGAACCUCAGUACUGGCUGCCGGCGCUUUUCUCCGAGCUGACCUCCCGUGACGUCACGCCAGAAGAGGCCAAUCAGAUGACACCCUGAGAAGCGAUGGCAAGAAUCCGGGCCUCCGUCCAAGAGACGUGUUGGUAAACAAAAUGUGCCUGGUGGGGGACGCUCAUGUGACGGAGCUGGCAGGCCAAGUGAACUCUGAACAUUUUCUUGGACACGGGGAGGGAAAACCUUCCAAAGAGGGCACUUUUAACAUUUAGAGUCACUGGAUCCUGUCUCAUCUGGGUGAUGAGGGAUGACUAAAUUGUUCGUAUGUCCAUGUAUAAAUCUAUGUAUAAACCUUUACUUAAAAAAAAAUAUAGAAAAACA